AUGAGAUUCUCCAUAUGGACGGCAGCGUUGGCCGUCGCAGGUCUGGCCGCCCGCUCUUGGGCCCAGGAGAUGCCAAAAUGCGCGAGCGACUGUCUAGCAAAGUAUCUUCCCGAGUCCAAGUGCGAUCCGACCAACAUGGACUGCAUAUGCGCAGACAAGACGCUCAUGGCCAACGUCGAGACCUGCUCGCUUGGAGCUUGUAACAUAUUUGAAGGGCUUGCUGCAAAGAAUGCGACGGCAACUCUGUGCAAGGAGCCCGUCCGCGACAGGAGUCACGUCGCUCCCAUCGCAACGGCAAUUACCGGUGGCCUGGCCCUCGCCUUCGUCCUCCUGAGGGUAUACGAGUCGGGAUUCCGAAAGAAGGAGUUCCAUUGGGCCGACUUGUGGGCAGUCCUGGCCAUGGUAAUGAGGGCCCAUGGGAUGGGGAGAGACAUCUGGACGCUCACGGCCGAAGAAAUUACAGAGGUCGUCAAGUACACAUGGAUCACCCAAGUGUCCUAUAUCCCGGCCAUCAUCCUGACCAAAAUCACCGUCCUGUGCUUCUUCAUGCACGUAUUUCCCUCGAGGAAGUUCCACAUGUUCUGCUGGGGCACCAUCAUCCACUGCGUCCUGUUCAUGGUGUCGACGGUGAUCGCCGCGAUUUUGGCCUGUGUCCCUGUCGAAUACGCCUGGUCUGCCUGGACUGGAUCCGGUGAGGGAGUAUGCUUUGAUAACAACGCCUUCUGGUGGGCCCAUUCUGCCAUCAACAUCGCUACUGAUCUCUGGAUUCUGGCACUGCCCAUACCGCAGCUGCUGAGGCUCCAGAUGGGAAGGAAGAAGAAGAUUUACCUGGUUUUGAUGUUCAGCGUUGGCAUUGUCGUCAUCGAGUGCAACAUGUCCAUCGUGUGCUGCUGCAUGCCCCCGCUGCUCUCCUUCCUCCGGCACGUGUUGCCCACCGUCUUUGGCAGCACCAACCGCUCCGAUUACAAGGCCGGCAGCUACCGCAUCGGCGGCGGCGGCGGCGAA